AAUGUGGAACAAAGAAAGUUGUGAGUCUCGAAGGUAUAGUCAAAAGUGACUCAAGUGUCGAACAAAGAGUGUUCUUUGUUCGAGUACUCCAGAAAAGAAGUCGAGCCUCGAUUAAGGGGAGACUGUUUGAGGGCUCCAUAGACCUUGUGGGAGGCUCUAUAAUGUUCUUUGUUCGAGGAGAGGAUUAUUGAGGGUUAUUGGGAGGGAGUUCCACAUUGGCUAAUUUAGGGAAUGAUCAUGGGUUUAUAAGUAAGUAAUACAUCUCCAUGGUUACGAGGUCUUUUGGGGAAGCCCAAAGCAAAGCCAAUGAGAACUUAUACUCAAAGUGGACUAUAUCCAUUGUGGAGAGUCGUUAUUCCUAAAAAGUAACCCUUCACUCUUUAUCGAUGGGUUUUGGCUUCUGAUAGCCCCUAGAGCUUUACUAGAACACGUCCUUAUCUGGUGAAGCACUCUUCUCAAGAAGCUUAGUUGCUGUGAAGAUGUUCUUAUACUUGCAAGUUCUUGUUCAUACUUUUCUUAACUCAUGUUUAUGGAUGUAGGCAUUCUAUUGAUUAAAAUGUCGUUUGCAAAUCCUUAUUUUGAAGACGUUCGGACGAAACCGGAGGUAAUCGAUCCUCCCCAAGAUGAGGACAUGAUGGAUGUUAGUGAAAGUGUUAGUGAUCCUACUCGAAAUGGAGGAAAGCCUAAUGUAGCUGUCUCCAGCAGCGUUCGUGAGCUGUUGGAGUGUCCUGUUUGCUUGAAUGUUAUGUACCCUCCCAUUCAUCAUUGUUCGAAUGGUCACACAUUGUGUUCGGGUUGCAAGCCUAGGGUGCACAACCGGUGCCCGACCUGCAGGCAUGAACUUGGCAAUAUCAGAUGUCUUGCAUUAGAGAAAGUGGCUGCAUCUUUGGAACUUCCAUGUACAUAUCAAACCUUUGGGUGCGCGGGCAUAUACCCGUACUAUAGCAAGCUGAAACAUGAAUCUCAAUGUGCCUAUCGACCCUAUAACUGUCCGUAUGCGGGGUCGGAAUGCAUGGUUGUUGGUGAUAUUCCAUUUUUGGUAGCACACCUAAAGGAUGAUCACAAAGUCGACAUGCAUAAUGGGAGCACUUUCAAUCAUCGAUACGUCAAGUCAAACCCGCAGGAGGUCGAAAAUGCUACCUGGAUGCUAACGGUUUUCAGCUGUUUUGGUCAUUAUUUUUGUUUACAUUUCGAAGCUUUCCAACUCGGAAUGGCACCUGUCUAUAUAGCCUUCUUGCGCUUCAUGGGUGACGAUAACGAGGUGAAGAACUACAGUUAUAGCCUUGAGGUUGGUGGAAAUGGGAGGAAGAUGGUUUGGCAAGGAGUGCCACGGAGUAUUCGAGACAGUCAUCGGAAGGUGCGAGACAGCUUUGACGGGCUUAUUAUCCAACGAAACAUGGCUCUGUUCUUCUCGGGCGGAGAUCGGAAGGAAUUGAAGCUGAGGGUAACUGGUAGGAUUUGGAAGGAGCAGUGAAAGUGUAGGUAUGUUUAGGUGUCCUUAGAAAGUAAAGGAGGCUAAAUAGAGAGAAUGAUAAUAUAGACGUCCAACCAUGUAAUGUAAUAUAGUUGUUCAAAUACAUCAACUGGAAAGCCUGUGUUCUUUACUCGUUGUAAGAGAAUUUCUACUUA